UUUUUUUUUUUUUUUUUUUUUUUGAAAAAAACAUGAAGAUUAAUACGGUCCUUUGUGGUUUAUCCACAUUUGUAUUGGCUGUUACUGCUCUACCUUUGUUUGAAAUACCAAACGAUUAUGAUAGAUACGGUAAAUUGUGCCCUUUAUUCCCCCAUUACGACGUUGAGUGUCCUGUCCUCUGUGUCAAGGAUCAAAGUACAUGCCCAACUGCAUUAGCUGCUACAUGUCCUACCGGUUUAUCUUUCUGUCUUGACGGUACUUGUCAAGCAUCUUGCGAAGGUAUUACCAACGCCUGUCAGUGUGAUGGCAAUGAUAAUGGAGCAGCUGUCGACUAUUUACCCUGUGCCGCUGGCCAACUUAUCAAUAUUACCCAUUUCGAUCCUGUCAACCAAAUCGUACAAACCCAAAGAGAAUGUGCCGCAAAUGCAAAUACCGAUAAUUCCGUCAUUGGCUUCUGGGGUGAUUUUAACACUUCUUCCCUGUGGUUAACAUGUCCCUUGGUUGAACCUAACUUUACCUAUACUGAACCAAUGUGGAUUAGUGUCUGGGUGUUAAUGGGUGUUCAAGCAGUUAUUUUAGUGCUGUGGAUGUUUUAUAAGAAUGUUCGUGAAGCCAAAUAUCACCGUGCCGUUGCUGCUCACAGCAAACAAAUAGCCGUUGCUACUGCUGAUACGACUUCCACCACCACGCACAAACCCAUCAUGAUAAAUUCUCAGCUCGACGAAUCGGAGUGUAAAAUGGAUAUGGCAGAGAAGGAAGAAUUGGAUGAAAAGCACAAGGAAAAGUUCGACAAGUCCGCUGAGACCUCAAUUUCUUCUGAAUCAAUUCAAGAAUCCGAGAAAUUGAAGUUUCGUGGUUUCCUCAAUGAUUAUUUCGGUAUUUUCGCCUUUGGAUCUGUGGUGAUUACUACCUUGUUAUUCUUUGUUUUCUUGGGUUGUAUCGUAGGCGAUUAUUAUGGCACGUUAGGUGGCAUAGAAUUAGCAAUCUUCCUUACUUCUGAUCUCUCAUCCAAAAUCUUUGCCGCUGUCUGGCAUAUUUCUGCUGCUUGGUUCUGUGUCAUGAUCUUUGCACAAAACACCAUUCGUAAUUACUUCAGAAUUGAAUCUUAUCCUCACAAGAGUCCCUUUGUUCAAAUUGAACGCAGACAAGAAGGUCAGAUCUUUUUGGCUGACAAUAGUAAAUGGCUCGCCAAACUCAGAGAAAUUGAAGGCCGUGUAACAAAGCGUCUGGGGUUAGAUAUCUUGAUUUCCACUUCCCCCGUCAAGAUUACUGAAAGCAAGCUCCGUUACUUUGAAUACCAAUGUAUGAGAUAUAUUUAUAACACAGAAAAGGCUCGUUUUGAACCCUAUGAAUUUGAUUUGGGUUCAACCAAUCGUCAAAUUCAAGCUUGGUCCAAGGGUGUUACCACUCAAGAAGCCGUCAGUAGAGCUGCUAUGCUUGGUGCUAAUAUCAUCAAGGUCAAUGUACCCACUAUCUUUAUGGCUGUCAUCGAAGAGUUUACCUCUUUCUUGUAUCUCUAUCAAAUGAUGUGUAUGUGGGUUUGGUAUUAUUUCCAAUACUACAAGUUGGGUCUUGUUCAAACAUGUAUCAUUCUUGUCGCUGCUUUUAUUCGUGUCUUUUUACGUCUUCGUGCCGAAACUCGUAUUCAAGAUAUGGCAGAACAUGUUACGCCCGUUACUGUAUUACGCGAUGGUCAAUGGGCUUCCGUUUCCAGCGCCGAUUUGAUCCCUGGUGAUGUCUUUGAAGUUGAAGAGAAUGAACUCGUCCCUUGUGAUGCUGUCAUUCUUUCCGGUACUGUCGUUGUCAAUGAAUCUUCAUUGACCGGUGAAGCUAUGCCUGUUCGUAAAAUUGCCAUUGCAACCGAUGAUAAUGUGUAUGAAAUGAACGGUUCCGGUAAAGUCAAUACUUUAUAUGCUGGUACUGGCGUCUCACAAACUACACCCACCUCUUCCGCCACGGGUGAUAAGAGUCGUGUCUAUGCUUUGGCUCUUCGUACCGGUAUCGCUACCGAAAAGGGUUCUCUCAUUCACAAGAUUCUCUUCCCUGCUCCUGUCUCCUUCAUCUUUAAUGAACAUAUCAAGGUGGCCAUCUGUAUCCUUUUGAUCUGGGGUCUCGUGGCUUUCUGUCUGAGUUUAUACUUGAUGGGUCGUGGUAACAUCACUAGCUGGUUCUAUGGUGUCUUUGUCAUGUCUCAAAUUUUCUCUCCUUUAUUACCUGCUGCAUUCACCAUCAAUCAAUCUGUGUGCGCUGCUCGUCUUCGUGGUAAAAAGAUUCUCUGUAUUGAUCUUCCUCGUAUCAAUCUCUCUGGUAAAGUCCGUAUCUUUUGUUUCGAUAAGACUGGUACUUUGACGCGGGAAGGUCUUGAAUUUUACGGUUCUGUUUCCGCACCUUCUGCUGUCAUUGGUCCCUUUGGUCAUCGUGAAGAAGAUCCUCUCAAGAUGGAACCUAUCUUGGCUAUGGGUAUUGCUACAUGUCAUGCUGUCACCAAAGUCAAGGAUCAAUACAUUGGUAACCCUGUGGAUAUCGAAUCUUACAAUGCCAUGAAAUGGGACUUAUUGGAACCUGAGGAACCUUUCUAUCUUGAUACAUUGACCGCUCCUUCCCCUACUCCCAACGCUACCACUGAAAAGAAGAAGGUUCAUGUCGUUCGUCGUUUUGAAUUUGUUCAUGCUCGUGCUUCUCAAUCCGUUGCUGUUCUUGAUCCCGAAACUCAACAUGUCCAUGUUUUCCUCAAGGGUUCAUUCGAACGUGUCAAGUAUCUUUCUCAUCCCGACUCCAUUCCUGUGGAUUAUGAUCAACAAGCUGCUAAAUUUGCACAAGAAGGUUGUUACGUUCUUGCUAUGGCUCAUCGUGAUAUCGGUGUUCUCGGUCAAGAUGUUACCAUGGAGCAAUUGAAAUCAAUGUCUCGUGAUGAACUCGAACAAGAUUGUGAAUUUGCUGGUUUUGUUCUCUUCAGAAAUAUGUUGAAACAUGAUACUGCUGAAGCCAUCACCGAAUUAAAGAACGGUGAUACUCGUGUUGUUAUGAUUACCGGUGAUACUGCAUUGACAGGUAUUUAUAUUGCUCGUCAAUGUGGUAUGAUGGAGCCUCAUCAACGUGUUCUCUUGGCUGACCUUGUUGCUGGUGCUGUUGUCUGGCAUGAUAUUGAAUCUGGAGAUCAGGUCGAUGUUGAUCACGUUAUUGAUCAAGAUCCUCAUGAGGAACACGAAAAACGAAUCGAAUUAGCCAUGACAGGCCGUGCCUUUGAAGCCUUGAUUAAGGAGGAAAGAAUCCGUAAGUAUCUCUUUAUGACGCGUGUUUUCGCUCGUAUGACUCCCAACGAUAAAGUUAUGUGUGUUCAACUUCAUAUGGAAAAGGGUGUCACUGCUAUGUGCGGUGAUGGUGGUAACGAUUGUGGUGCUCUCCGUGCUGCUCAUGUCGGUCUUGCCUUAUCUGAAGCCGAAGCUUCUAUCGUUUCUCCCUUCAGUACCAGUAACCGUACCAUCAUGCAAUGUGUUGAACUUUUAAGACAAGGUCGUGCUGCUCUCGCUACAAGUUUCGCCAAUUACAAAUUCUUGAUCUUGUACGGUGAAUCUAUGGCUUUCUGGGAAUUAAUCAUGUUCUAUUUCACAGUCAUUGCUCCUCAAUCUAUCUGGAUCACUAUUGACGGUUUCAUGACUACCACCAUGACAUUUGCCAUUACUCAAGCUCAACCUGCUCUUCGUUUAAGUGCUUCUCGUCCUUCUGCUAAGCCAUUGGGUGUCUAUACCUUGACUUCUUUGCUUGGUUGUAUCUUUAUCAAUUUCUGGUUUAUUGUCUGCAGUGUUGUAUGGCUUUUCCAACAAGAUUGGUUUAUCUGUAACGAAUUUGACAGUUCCUCUGUGGAUUCUGCUAAAUGGUGGUUGAUUGGUGAUAACUUUGAAUCUGAAAUCAUCUCUCUCGUCAUUAUGUUCCAGUUCUUUAACAAUGGUGCUAUUGUCAAUUUCGGCUCUCAAUUCCGUCGAUCCUGGUGGAGAAACUAUACUCUGGUCUUUGUCUGGGUUUGUUUCUUUGUCAGUUGUAGUUACCUUACUUUGGCCGAUCCUAACCCAUACUCUUGUAUCUUCCGUUUGAACUGUGGUACUGCCAGUAAGUUGGUGGAAUUGGGUUAUCCUGAACCUACUUGGGAGAUUGCGCCUUAUAACUCACCAGUGGGUCAUAACGUCUUACCUCAUUAUUUCCGUUGGCAAUUAUGGGGUUUUAUGGUGGCUAACUGUGCUGCUACCAUCAUUUGGGAACGUAUUUGUAUUCUUUGGAUCGGUCGUGACUGGGCUAUCAAGCGUACAAAGGCAAGUCCUAACAAGAACAGAGCUAUCUUUAAGCUUUAAAAGAAACCAAAAAAAGCUUUUUUUUAAUAUUGCAACUUCCUGUAAAUUAUUAUUUAUUCCCCCCCUUUUUUACACACACCAUUUUUUUUAAAAAACGAAAACAUCUUUUAUACUUAGAUUCGGAAAAAGACAUCAUAUUUCUUUCUUAACCUAAACCCUUUAAUCAUUAUUAUAUAAUAAACAAAACAAACAAACAUAA